AGCUGCAGCUGCUGUUGCAGUGUGUGGUGGUGUGUGAGGGAGAGUUACGGUGAUAAUCCGCUCCGUGUUGCUGCUCCGUGACGGAUUCCCGUGAGGUUGUUUUUUUGCGUGUAAAAGCUGUAAUUCACCGGGUCAGCAUGGAAGACGACGGUGGCGUGCCUGAAGAUCUUUCUCCAGAAGAGCGUGAGGAACUGCUGAAUAUACGGCGGAGAAAGAAAGAACUUAUAGAUGAUAUCGAGAGGCUGAAAUUUGAAAUUGCGGAGGUGAUGACAGAAAUCGAUAACUUGACAUCGGUAGAAGAAAGUAAAACUACCCAGAGAAAUAAGCAAAUUGCCAUGGGAAGAAAAAAAUUCAACAUGGACCCCAAAAAGGGUAUCCAGUUUCUCAUUGAGAAUGACUUACUUCAGAACACUCCAGAGGACAUUGCACAGUUCCUCUACAAAGGAGAAGGACUAAAUAAAACUGUGAUUGGCGAUUACCUGGGUGAAAGGGAUGACUUUAACAUCCUUGUCCUUCAAGCGUUUGUUGAACUCCAUGAGUUUGCAGAUUUAAAUCUUGUCCAAGCUUUAAGACAGUUUCUGUGGAGUUUCCGACUGCCUGGUGAAGCACAGAAAAUCGACAGAAUGAUGGAGGCCUUCGCGUCGCGCUAUUGUCUCUGUAACCCCGGCGUUUUUCAAUCUACAGAUACCUGUUACGUCCUGUCCUUUGCCAUCAUUAUGCUUAACACAAGUUUGCAUAACCCGAAUGUAAGAGAUAAGCCGUCAGUCGAGCGGUUUAUAUCUAUGAAUCGUGGCAUUAACGAAGGUGGGGAUCUUCCCGAGGAGUUAUUAAGGAAUCUAUACGAAAGCAUUAAAAACGAGCCUUUUAAGAUCCCAGAGGAUGAUGGAAAUGAUUUGACGCACACUUUUUUCAACCCUGACCGAGAAGGAUGGCUCUUAAAGUUAGGCGGACGAGUAAAAACAUGGAAGAGAAGGUGGUUCAUCUUGACCGAUAACUGUCUCUAUUACUUUGAGUACACAACAGACAAGGAACCAAGGGGGAUAAUUCCUUUAGAAAACCUGAGUAUCAGAGAAGUUGAAGAUCCUCGCAAGCCGAAUUGCUUUGAACUCUUCAACCCGAGUCACAAAGGACAAGUUAUCAAGGCCUGCAAAACCGAAGCCGAUGGCAGAGUGGUGGAGGGAAACCAUGUUGUGUACAGAAUAUCUGCACCAACCCCUGAAGAAAAGGAAGAAUGGAUCAAAUCCAUUAAAGCGAGCAUUAGCAAGGAUCCUUUCUAUGAUAUGUUGGCAACACGGAAGAGGAGAAUUGCCAAUAAGAAGUAACAGUCAUUACCGAUCAUCUAGUUGAAGAACUGAACAAUACAAA